UUCUGUAUCAAGUCAACUUCACAGUUGAGCAGAAAGCAUACAGCAAACUGUUGCGUUAGGGGAACACAAGAGCAACAACAAAGGGUCCAGAAAAGGAUUACCGUACUGGUGGAGGUGGCAAAAACUCCUGCGCCAAAAUGACUCGAGACUCUGAACAGAGCAUUUGCCAGGCGCGGGCUGCUGUCAUGGUAUAUGACGAUGCCAACAAGAAGUGGGUCCCUGCAGGAGGCUCCACUGGCUUCAGCAGAGUGCACAUCUACCAUCACACAGGAAACAACGCCUUUCGGGUGGUAGGACGCAAAAUACAGGACCACCAGGUGGUGAUAAACUGUGCCAUUCCCAAAGGCCUGAAAUAUAACCAGGCCACACAGACGUUCCACCAGUGGCGUGACGCCCGACAGGUUUAUGGCCUCAACUUUGGAAGCAAAGAAGACGCCAAUGUAUUUGCCAGUGCCAUGAUGCAUGCACUGGAAGUGCUCAACUCUCAGGACACAGGCUCCACACUGCACAGACAGGGACCCUCGGUUCAAAAUGGCCCCACAACAGAGGAGCUGGACCUCCACAGAAGGCAACUUCAAGAGCUACAGAGACAGAAGGAGUUGGAACAGGAACGUGAACGGCAAGAAAGGGAGCGCCAGGAACGGGAGCGCCAGGAACGGGAGCGCCAGGAACGGGAGCGCCAGGAACGGGAGCGCCAGGAACGGGAGCGCCAGGAACGGGAGCGCCAGGAACGGGAGCGCCAGGAACGGGAGCGCCAGGAACGGGAACGCCAAGAACGGGAAAGGCAGGACUUGGAACGCCAGGAACGAGAACGUCAAGAACAGGAACAUGUGGAGCAGAGAGAAGUGCAGGAGCAAAGGGAUACACUGGAGCAGAGGGAGGUCGAAGUGAUGGAGCAAGAGGGUGAGCAGUUGGAGAGAGAGCAGCUCGACUGGGACAGAGGCAGACGCCCAUCCAACACAGCCCUUGAAAGCACUCCAUACACUCCCACUCCUCAGGAAUUCAGCCAGAUGUCUAUACCAUCCUCUCCCUCUGCAUCAGCGUACCCUAGCGCAGGUGCACCUUCUCUAGUCACUCCUCCCACACCCCCGCUCAGACACUCUGCUUCUCGGUUUGCCACGUCUCUUGGAUCGGCCUUCCAUCCGGUCCUGCCUCACUAUGCCACUGUCCCCAGGCGUCAACAGGGGGACAUACCUCCAGUACCCACACCUACAGCCCCACCACCAAAGUCCUCUGUGUGGUCUUCCUGUAGCUUCACCCCUUUGCCCCCCUCACCCCCCAUCAUGAUUAGCAGCCCGCCUGGGAAAGCAACAGGUCCUAGGCCACUCAUCCCAAUCGCUUCCCCGUCUCCUCUCACCCAUAGGCCUCCUUCACCCUCCCCAAAUGGUGCGCCUACAUACCCUGCGCCCUCUCCAGUUACCGUGCUUCACAGCCACACUCCCAUGGGUCCUAGUUGCCCAACACCACCACCACCCACCCCACCACCCAUUCAUCCCUUGCCGUUCCCCUCGUCCUUUUCGUCUGCCCCCUCCUCACCGCAGGCUCCUGGUUUGCCCUCUGCCUCCACAGCGCCCUCUGCUGCAGCUGCGGAGUACUUGUCCUCAGGCUUGACAGGAGACACCGGCCCUGACGCCCUGCCUCGAGGGCCCUGCUCAAAGCCCCAGGACUCCACCCCAGGCCUUAGUGCACCCACUCCCCCACCACCUCCACCCUUGCCACCCGGCUCCACUGUGACUAGCCCCAUGACUCCCACAGUUCCACCAGGACAACCUCCCCCACCACCACCUCCGCCGCUGCCCCCCACCCUAACUCCUGGGGGGACUUCACUUACACCAGGCCCCCAUCCUCCACCAGGAGCACCACCUCCCCCCCCCGCCCCUCCUCUACCUGCUGGGCUCUUCAGUCCAGCAGAGGAACGCCCUCUUUCAGGACUCGCUGCUGCCCUUGCUGGAGCCAAGCUGCGCAAAGUGCCACGGAGUGAUGAUCCAUCUUCAGCUUUGGUAGCCACCUUGGCAGGUGCCAAAACUGAGACAAGGGGCAAUGGGCACUUACCUGGAGGAGGUGGUCUGAUGGAAGAGAUGAGCGCUUUGCUAGCAAGACGGAGAAGAAUUGCAGAAAAGGGCUCAUCACCUGAACCUGACCAGAGAUCAGAUGAGGGCGACUCAAACACAACACCGAAAGUGUCUGCCUGUAGCACCCCAGAUAUGCCCAGGAAGCCAUGGGAAAGAGCAAACACCAUGAAUGGUAGCAAAUCUCCAGUAAUUGGAAGACCCAAGUCCACACCCACUGCUUCCCUAAGUGCCAACGGCGUUCCGACAGAGACAGUAGACUAUGACCGACUGAAACAGGAUAUCCUGGAUGAGAUGAGAAAGGAGCUCUCAAAGCUUAAAGAAGAGCUGAUUGAUGCAAUCAGGGAAGAACUUGGCAGAUCCAGCACAGCAUAAAGAUCCAUACACACGCCACUGUUCCUGUUGCAGCAGAGGAGGCAGAGACAGGAGACGGGCAGGGGGAACCAACAAGCCCUGCUGUAAACCUUUUCCAUCAUGACUGUAAAGUGGCAUUGUGUGUGGCCACUGUAAAGCUUGUCUUCCUUCAAUACUAUUUAACCUGACUAUGUUCAUUCAUGAGACAACUUAUCAGCAAACCAAGUGUAGAUCUAUGGCCAUAACAAGUAGCUCAAUAAUGUUUUUUUUAUUGCAGAGGAAUUCCAUAACAAGUGGACACAAUAAGUUGAGCACUCCACCAAACCUUCCUGUACUGUUGAAUAGCAUUUUUGUUCCCCUCUCCUGGUCAUAUUUCAUUGUCAAGACUCAGCCACGAAGUUUUCUGAUCAGCAAUAAGUGUAGCAUUUUGUUAAGAGGGUGAGGCCUCCAUACAUUGGACAUACUGCUGCAUGAUUCUCUAUCAGUCCAAGGAUACAGAAGUAAUAGAGUCAAUAUUUCAAAAGGUGCCCUGGCAUGAAGGAGAAUUGUGCCAUUGACUUUUUUUUUUUCCUUUUACUCAGUGUUCUUCUGUUUUUCUUUUAUACCCAGUCUGGGAACAGUCUCAACCAAAUUUUUGAGAGGCAUAGAUUGUCUGGGGCUCAGAAAUGUGGUAGCUUUUGGUUUCACACAUCCUUUUGGGCAACUUACUAUGUAGCCACCAUGUUAGAAAGGUAUUAACAUGUCACAAGUUAUGAAGCUUCUAUCACUCUAGGCUACGAAAUUGGUCUGUUCAUUAUAGAUGAUCAGCCUUUCCAUUUUUAUUUGUCAUUUUAUACCAUUUAUAUUAGGCCAAAGAAGUUGGUGACUCACGUAAAUGCCUAAAAGGACUCCUAAGAAAGCCAAUUGAAAACUCAAUAAUCAGUUCAUAGGGCUUUCCUCCAGUCCCAAAAGUGUCAGGUCUCAAGCAGAAAAGUUAUUGUUUACCUAUAGCUUCAAAUAAAUACUUAAGCUACAGUUCAUCUUUAUGUGCCUCACCACUUGAUCGUUACAAAGACAAUCAAUCUGAACAGGUAUUUCAGUGUUGGUGACAAUAGAAGGAUCACUUUGAAAUUAGAACAGAUCAAAAAGGAUAGAAGGCUCAAAUCGGUACUGCAGUUCAUCAGAGAUCAAGAAAAUCUAACAUUGCAUUUUAUGUUUUGGCAGUCAUAGUAAUAUAUUGAACUGUUUUUUUCUGAUUUUGGUCUAAUUUCAGGUAGAAGGACUAAAUUAGAUUGUCCUGAAAAGUAAGUGUAGGUCUAUUUAACCAGCAACAUCUGUUGCUGUUUCACUAGAACUGCUGCUUCAACCUUUGAUUUUUUUUUUUUCUCCAAAGGUUGAUAAAGUGAAGGUCAGUAUGGCCACAUUCUGGGAAGUUUGAGAAAAUUAUGAAGAUGGUGCCUUGAUCUGAAGUCAUGUUUAAUAAUAUGAAAAACGUGAUACUACAUAGUUCUGGGACACAUGUUUUUUUUUUUUUUUAAUCCCUCAUUUCUGUUCUCUGUUAAAUAUGAAAUGUUUCAUUCUUUGGUGUGGAGGGCACUUCUUCCAAAUACAUCCAAUCUACACUGAUUUAAUGUUGCUUUUUUGUCUAGUUUUAAUUGUCCUCUGCAGAAAUGAAGGAUGUUUCCAUGUUGCCUUUCUCUGAACGGUGCAGUCAGGCCCACGUAGUGUUUCCAAGCUCAUUUCUUUGACCACACUGUUCUCAUGUGAAUUAGUUUUUUUUCUUACAUGCUAACCUAUUUUGUUUCAGCAAGUUUAUUAAAGUUACUAUACAAAUUUGUA